UUGAAUUUCCGUUUUCAGUUACGAAAGUCAGGAGAGGUGUGCAGGAGUGCUCGUUCGCCGUGUGACGUGGCUGAGACUUGUGACGGAAAGUCUGGUGAUUGUCCUCCGGAUGGUCAUCUCAUGGACGGAACGGCGUGUGGACGGGCUGGCCAGUGCUGGCGUGGUAACUGCAGUGAUCCGCAUCAGCAAUGUCAAGAGAUCUGGGGUGAAGGUGCUAGAGUUGCUGAACAGGAAUGCUUUAAACAGAACACUCGUGGACACGAGUACGCUAACUGUGGUACUAUUGACGGCACAGGUACCUACCGGUCCUGUCAACAAGAACAUAUCCGGUGCGGUACUCUACAGUGCCAGGAUGGAGCCACAACACCAUCUCAGUCUGCUCUGAGGGCAUUCACCUUCCAGUUUCAGCAGGAUGACAAACAAGUGCAAUGCAAAUCUAUCGCAGAUGAAAAUGUGGGACUGGUUAAGGAUGGCUCCAGCUGUGGCCCAGGUCGACUGUGUGUCGCUGGUUCCUGUGUGGAAAUGUCUUCUGUAAGCCUUUCGGGACUUUUUAGUUGUCAGGGCGAAUGUCGUUCAAUUUUGUAA